AUGGCAGAUCCAAAAACUGAUGACCAAUUACAUUUCACUGAUAUCAAAAAAUAUUUCAACUCUUAUACUCUCACAGGUGGAAUGAAUUCCAUACUGGCCACAUAUGGAGGCAUUGCUUUGAUGGUCUUAUACUUCAAGUUAAGGUCUAAAACAACACCAGGUUUGAAAGCAACAUAA